AUGUCUCAAAGGAUAUCUGAUGUUGAGGAGACUGGAGUCAUCAUAUGCGGUGGCGGCCCGACGGGUACGAUGCUGUCAGCCCUGCUCGGGGCGAUGAAAGUGCCAAACAUCGUCCUGGAAAGAGAGGAAGGCAUUACAACUGACCCGAGAGGCAUCGCUUUGGACGAAGACGGCAUCCGAAUACUACAGUCAAUUGGGAUCUACGACAAGGUAUACACAGAGAUUGGGACAUGUAUGGAGGUGUUCAACUUUGUCACUGGCAGUGAGCCAAACUUCUACAAAAAGCCACUCCUCACCAUGGACUACGCGACUACCGAGGGAGGUACUGGGCAUGUUGGGUUCAUAUGCCACAAGCAGCCAGCGAUGGAGAAGGCGAUUCGAGACGAGAUCCACAAAAUCCCCUGUUCUGAAAUCCGGACCGAGUCUACUGUGAUUGGGAUAUCGGAAGAUCCUCAAAGAGUGACCGUCGAGUACAAGGAUGCGCAUGGACAGCUUCGAAGAGUAACAGCUCCAUUUAUGGUCGGGGCAGAUGGGAAGACGGGCUAUGUCAGGAAGUGCUAUCUCGAGCCGAAAGGCGUCAUCCUGGAACGAUGCAAAGAGUCGGACUACGAGGAGACCUGGGUCGCGUUGAAUUGGCAAAUCACUCUACCCACCGAAAAGACUCACCCAGACUUUCCCCUGUGGAGGCUCGGAUACACGCCUGAGCAAGUCUACGAUCGGUUCUUCCCGAAACAGUUUCGCUUUCUCUGCAAUCCUAAGCGGCCGUCAGUAUGCGGAAGGUUCGGCCUGAAAUCAGAUCGGUUGUGGAGGUUCGAGUUCGUUGUAUUGGCAGGCGAGGACGGCUACAAAAUGGCCACACCUGGGGAGACUAGCAAGAUCAUCUAUCCGUAUCUCACCCAUCCCGGAAGCUGGUACGGUCUCCAACACCCUGUCAGGUUUCCUGAGGAUUGCAUCAAGACGUUGCGAUCGCGACCAUUCUCUUUUGUGGCGAGGAGCUGCAACAAGUGGGCUUUGGGAAGGGUCAUCUUGGCUGGUGAUGCAGCUCAUGUCUUCCCUCCUUUUGGCGGACAAGGCAUUGCCUCUGGGUUUCGAGAUGCGUCGGCACUGGCCUGGAGACUUGCAUUGCUACACCAGCACCCGACAACAGACCACGAGGCCGUGUUGACAGCAUGGUAUACCGAACGAAAGCAACAGCUUGAGCGCUCACUGGCCGCCACCAUUCAGAAUGGGGCAUAUGUGACAGAAUCGGACCCUAUCAAGGUCUUCAUUCGCGAAUGGUAUAUGUGGGCGGUUCAACUGGUGCCCAGCUGGAGGAGAGAACUCCAGAAAGGCGCCCGAGCACUCGGCAUGACAAAAUAUCGAUACAGUCCCGGACUUGCAUUUUUGGGAGACAUGGGAGGUGGCUUGCUCCUCCCGCAAAUCUAUGCAUUCAACUUCAGGAAAAACAAGGUCGAGUUCACGGAUGAUUUCAUCUUCUCUUCGGAGAAAAAGGGGCUGUUCCAGCUGCUCGUCUUGCCUGACCAAGUCAGCCAGAUCCAGCCACUUACAACAGAUCUUGAGACCAUCUGCCAACUCUCGGGCAAUCUCGUUCUUGGUGAGGAAGCCACGGUGCUCGUCCAAGACACAAAGGCCUCGAUAUCUGCCCAAGACAUGCCCGCCCAGCAGGUAGCCCGGAUCGCGACCGGAGACGAAUUCGCUGCCGAUGCGCUCCUCUGCAAGAACCGACCUGCCCCGAUCGGCUAUGACGAGCUGCGGCUUCGCGAGGAGAUACAGGGCAAGAAGUACGUGAUUGUCAGACCUGACCGCUUCGUCUUUGCGGCCUGUGAUACACGGGCGGAAUUAAGGGAGGCUAUGAGUAAGCUCCCAGGCGCGUUGCAUGUAAAGUGA